AGGCUGGGUGCCAGGCCACCCCCUAGCUCCCCAGACCUUUCAGAUGGCAGUGGCUGGCAUCAGAUGCUGUGCUGGACACUUCAGCUUUGUCAACUCCCCCAGUCUUCUCAGGGACACUUUGAGGUGGGCGGCAUUGCCAUCUCUGGCCUUGCCAGUGGGGACACCCAGGCAUGUGACAAUGAGCUCCCUUGCCUGAGGUCACGCUGGUUGGCAAAGGUGUCUGAGCCUACAGCCCUGCUUUGAACCGACUCGGGGCAGGGAUGAGCAGCUUCCGGAGUUUUCCUGUCAACCCUAUAAGAAUCUUCAAAGCUCAGAGAUCAUUUGCUCCAAUUUUCUCUUUUCUUUUCUUGAGAUUGAGUUUUGAUCUUGUUGCCUAGGCUGGAGUGCAAUGGCAUGAUCUCGGCUCACCGCAGCCUCCACCUCCUGGUUUCAAGUGAUUCUCCUGCCUCAGCCUCCCGAGUAGCUGGGAUUACAGGCACCCGCCAUCAUGCCCGGCUAAUUUCGUAUUUUUAGUAGAGAUGGGGUUUCUCCAUGUUGCUCAGGCUGGUCUUGAACUCCGAACCUCAGGUGAUCUGCCCACCUUGGCCCCCCAAAGUACUGGGAUUAUAGGCGAGAGCCACCGAGCCCGGGAUCUUUUUUUUUUUUAAUGGGGUUUCCCUCUGUUGCUCACUUGGGAGUGUAGAGGGGCAGUCAUGGCUCACUGCAGCCUCAACCUUCUGGGCUGAAGUGACCCUCCCACCUCAACCCCUUGAGUAGCUGGGAGGGACCACAGGCACAAGCCAACAUACCCGGCUAAGUUUAUUUGUUUUUUUGUUUUGUUUUGUAGAGAUAGGGUCUUCUAUGUUUCCUAGGCUUGUCCUGAACUCCCAGGCUCAAGUGAUUCUCCUGCCUCAGCCUCCACAGGUGCCGGAUUACAGGCAUGAGCCACCUCACCUGGCCAGUUUUCCCUUAACAAAGAGUGGAAUGCUGAGCUGGGAAAACGCCACGCCAGUCUUGGCUGGACUCACUGCCCACUUCUGGGACCUUGGUGGGGCGGGAGGGAGGACCUCAAAGGCUCAGUGAGCGGGUCCACCCCCAGCCCAGCCGCCAGCGCCUCCUCCUCCGCAGCGCCCGGGCCCUUAUCAGGAAAGGAUUUGGGUUGGUGGGGAGGGGUGGGGGGAAGUUGGAGGCCCCAGGCUCGGCAAGGUGGGCCGGAGAGAUAGGGAAGUGGGGAGGGGGCUGGGGGGCGGCUCUGCUGGGCGGGGGAGGGCAAUGGGAGGGAUGCCUAGAAUGGGCACGGUGGGGGGCUUUGGCCAAGCUCUGUCCUUGCUGGCCUGGCCCUCGACAUGGUUCCGGGACUUCUGCCUCCCAUCCUUGCCAGGCAAGUUGCCUGCACCUUUAAUUAGCAAGCAGCAGCCUCUCGAUUCAUCACCACGGUCGCUGUUUAAUUAGCCGAGCCCAGGGCGCCCCCCCACCCCCAGCUCUGCCUGCCUGUCUCACCAAGGCCGCCACCACCUCACGGUGUCCCCUGUCACCACCCCCCAUACUUACUCUGCUCCCCAGAAUGGGGGAUGGGCCAGGCACGCCCGGCUGAAACCUCAAGGAGAUUCUGGGCACUGGUGCUUCUAUGCAAGGCAUCCAGCAAACAUAAUUAGAGCCGAGGCUGCGCCAGGCUGGCUCUGGGUAGAGCCCGGCCGGACGUGCAGGGCAGGCUCUGGUCCUGUCCAGCUGCUGGAGAAUGGCUUCUCCCUUGGGAGGCGCUGAGACAUCUCUCUGGCCUGGUCCCUGGGUGCUGGGAAAAGGCUGCAGUUCUCCUCUGUGUCACUCCUCCACAGCCGGAAAGGGACACCAUAGCUUCCUCUUCCUCCCUGUUCCAGAUCCCAGAAAGCUCCUCUGAGACCCCAGGAGAGGGGCCCGUCCUCUGCACCCGGCCCCCAGCAGCCAGAUCCUCGAGGCUCAGUCUAAGCUGUGGGCCAAGGGAGGGUGUGGGGCGGGGGGGUCUCAGACCUGCUUUGUGCCUGCAGGGUCUGGGGAAUCAGGAGCACAGGCGGGAGCCCGUGGUCUGGGGCCGAACCAUCCCCCUUCUGUUUCCCUGAAGGGUGAGGCUGAGGACCCUCGGAACAGAGCCCCUGUGUCCUUCUGGGCAGGGCCAGGGUGGCCACUGGUCACUGUGGGCAGAUCCCAGAAGCAGAGGAUCAGGCUCCAUCCCAAGCCUGUGCUCCUGCUGGACUGCAGGAGGUGUGGCCCUUCCGCUGUGCCAUGGACUGAGAAUGUGGAGGGACUGGCAUUUGCUGUGUUACCAUGUGGGGCCGUCAGUGUGUUGUGCUGGGCAGGAGCAGUCGCUGGAGCCUACCCACUCUGGUACUGCCGUCCCUGUGGCCUUGGGCCAGCCAUCAAACCAUACCAUGCCCGAGUCUCCCCAUGAUUCUUAGCUGCUUCAUGGGCUAUUGUGGGGAUUAAAAAGCUUACCGUGUGUUUGGAUUUCUGGUUUUUUUUUUUUUUUUUUUUUUGAGAUGAGUUCUCUGUUGCUCAGGCUGGAGUGCAGUGGUGUGAUCACAGCUCACAGCAGCCUUGACCUCCCAGGCUCAAGCAGUCCUCCCAUCUCAGCCUCCCUGGUAGCUGGGACUACAGGCAUGUGCCCCCAUGCCUGGCUUAUUUUAAAUUUUUUGUAGACAUGGGGUCUCACUAUGU